AUGGUGAAAAUAACUACAAGACAACAAUUUGAGAUUUUGGUGCAACAAAUGGAGCAAAAUCCUUCGAUUGCUCGUGGUGUACGCGCUUUUGGCGAGACAAAAGCAAAUACUGAGCAUGUUUGGAAGGAAAUCUCAUCUAAAUUAAAUAGUUACGGACCGCCAACUCGUACAUCCGAAAAAUGCCAGAGGGUAUGGAUACAUUUUAAAGCCAAGCUGAGAAAGAAAAUGGCACAUAAUAGGAGAAAUAUCACCGGCGGCGGACCAUCUGCAGAAAUAAGUUUGUCCGCGCUGGAGCAGGCCGCAGCGGACUUUCUGCAAAUGGGCACUUCGGUCGAUCCGCCAGGUCGCACGUUCUGA